GGACAGAUUGGAUCAAAAGACGGGGGCAAAUGUCAAAGGCUGUGGACGCGUGGGCAUGGCUGAACGAUGGUGGCGAGACACCGAGAUCUGGCGACGACACAGAGGUCCCUCCCUCUCGGCUUAGAUCCCUAAGAAAAGAGAUCCGAAUCCUAACCGAGAGACUUUCGGCGCUCCCCACGCUCUGGGCGGCUACGUGCCUGAGCGUCGAGGUAUGGCCCAGCCUGCAUUACCCACUGUCUCAUUCAAGCUCUGGGCUGUUCUAAUGCGACGCAACAUAUCUGCUUCUAUAGCAAGCAAUAGUUCACCAUGAUCCGGGGACCGAGGCCCCGAGUUCGGGAAUCAUCCUCCUCACAUCGAGGCUGGAAUGGUACAUUGGCCUCCCUAGGCUGCUUGCCAUGGACAGAAGCGACCAACAGCCUCUGAAGAGCGCCGCGCCUCAAAGAAGCCUCAUUCGAGUCGGUCUAAUUGGCCUAUUCCAAGCCAUUCUCUUCUACCAGAUUCGCAUUGCUUGCUCACGACAUGAUGUCAUAACCGAGAUACAUCAGCUGCUCGAUCACGAUCGGUUGCGAGCGGAUAUUUCAAGGCGAGAACAUUCCCUUGUGAUCGACUCCGGCGGAAUGGAUAUAGAGGCCAAUCUCCGACAGCUGCUCGUAACAGAACAAUGCUGGCUAGAGAACCGAGAGCAGGAGAACGAGCCGACAGAAGAGUCCCAGGAGGAAGCACAAUCGACAGAAACGUCUGAGGCGGAUUCUCAGAUGACGACGACUCUCCUCGCCAAGCUUCAUGCCAGACACGUACCUCCUCGGCCACCUGACAGCGGCUCAGGUCGUGCUCCGGACCUGAUCUACGAGUGGGCAGCUGGCACCUCGGAGUAUCGCGACUGGAGCGCGAACGACGGCAGCUGCCGAGUGCUCUGGGUUGCGGGUGAUGCGGGCACCGGCAAGACGACGUUCCUUCAGGCCAUCGUCAGGAGGCUCUUGGAUGACCCAAACAAGGAAGUGGCCUAUUUUUUCUCCAACGCCAACCGCAGCUCUCGGCGGGAUACCGUCACAGACGUCAUAAAGAGUCUCAUCUGGCAGGUUCUUUGGACCCAGGAUGCACUUCAGACGCACCUAGAACGCAAAUUCUCGUCCACGGGCUUGAAAGACUUUGACAGCCCGGGUGACUUUCACGCCAUGGCGACGCUCCUGUGUGACAUCUUGCAGGACAAGAGCUGUAAGCCGAUGAUUUUCGUGGUCGAUGCGAUGGAAGACCUCUGCGAUGAGAUUGGCGACCACCAAGACUUUGAAGCGAGCUCUCUUGAGCCAUACGCAUCCGAAUGGGGAGCCAGGGACCUGAUCCAGCUAGUCACGGUGACCUCGGAGCUCUCGGAUAAGGUCCAAUGGCUAGUCUCUACUUGCCAUGCUAGCCUAGCGACAGAAGUCUUUUGGAGAGAAGACCGUACCGAUGUGCCACUGAGUUCGAACAGUUCCCUUGCCGUUACCAGUGAAGCUGCCCCCUCCGAAAGGGAUGAUGCGGCCAGGGACACCGACAAAAACCGUAGCACUCAAAUCGAGCAACGGCAUCUUCUUAUCGAUUCAACUGUGCCAGAAGUGCGCGACGCGGUCCAAGAAUAUGCUUCCUCCAGGGUCUCUUAUGGCGGCACACUCCAGACGCAGGUGGUGGAGACAUUCAAAGAGUUGUCGCCUGGAAACUUCCUUUGGGUGGACAUGGCUUGCCAUGCAAUCGAGUUGCCGGGCAUCCCCUGGAAUGCGCCUCGCAUCCUCAGCGGCCUGCCGAGGGACGUCCCGUCCCUGUUUUGUCAAUUGAAGAAAGAGCUCGACAAACUGGAGGCCGACGACAAAGCUCGCUGCGAAGCUGCCCUGUCGAUCGCGGCAGUCGUGUUCCGGCCACUAUCCAUCCCUGAGUUCGCGGCCAUUGUCGACCUGCCUCCCGAGGUCGACCCGAAGCUCAUGAUACCCAGGAUGUGCUCCUCAUUUUUGGUGGUGCGCGAGGACGAAGUGGGCUUUACCAGCCUGUCAGCGAGAGAUCACCUGCGACGGGAACUAAGAGAGAAGAGGAUGGUGUCCAAGACGCACAGGAUCGUGAUAAAACGAUGCCUGAGCAUCCUUCGGGAACAGCUUUCUAGGAAGCCCGAGCGCGAAGGCGAGCCAAGACCAGACAGCUACGAACUGGUUUACUGGAUACGGCACCUAGUGAAAGUCGACGUUGACGAUCUCGAAAAUGAGAUGAAACACCUCAGCGAUUUUCUCGGAAGCUAUUUCCUGCCAUGGCUGGAGAUCCUGGCAUCGCAGAGCCUUCUAGGGCGAGCCCUGAGCGACCUGCAGACACUCGAGGCCUUUCUCAAAGAGAUACGGCUGCCCUGCCACGAGCAUAUCCGCACGGCUACGUUGGCCCUCCGAUUCCACGAAUUCUCGGGCAGUCCUCCCGACCUCGAUCCCCGUAACAGUUUUCUCUUUUGCUCCCGCUCGGCCCAACUGAAACAUAUAUUGGCCCCGGAGGCGCUGCAGGCAUUUACCAAAACGCUCGCGCUGGAACCAACGGGGUGGGCACGAGAUGCCUGCGUGCACGUCCUGGAAGGCCACCAAGAUUGGGUUCGUGAUUGCGCCUUUGUCGCUAAUGGGCGGCUUGUGGUCUCGGUAUCGGACGACAAGACGGUGCGUCUCUGGGACUCUGGGACCGGGAGGCCUCAGCACGUAAUAGAGGCCGAAUUCUCGUCCUACGUGGAAUGUGUGGCCGUCUCCAACUCUGGCCUUGUUGCUGCGUCGGACGCUUCUGCUAUCCGGCUGUGGCACUCUGCAACGGGGAAAGUCGUCAAGAGGUUAAAUCCUGGCGACAUUUUCGCGGCAGCAGAACCGCCAGCAGCAGGCGAAGAAUCGGAAGGUUCCAUUCGAUGCAUUGCCUUGUCGCCGAGUGGAGACACUCUCGCAGCCGCGACCAACAACUCUGUCGUCGCCUGGGAUCUUCCAUCCUACCGAAUGAGUGUGCUGGCUGCCACUGAAAAAACCAAGAAAGUUGAGAGCGAAGCCGAGAGCAAAGACGAAGACGAGGACAGGACCGAUGAUGAGAACGAAUACGCGGAAGACCAAGGCUUCGGAUGCGUGACGUUCUCCGCAAACGGCCGUCAGCUGGCAUGGCUCGCCGUAACAGUUUCCGGCACUACCAUCGAACUGUGGAAAUGGGACGGAGGAAGGGGGAGGGUGCAGCAUAAGCUGUCCAUUCCCAGCCAAACCGCUUGUGUUUCCUUCUCUCACGACGCAAAAUUCUUGGCAUCGCCGUCAAAUGAUGGCACAGUGCACAUUUGGGACACCGCCAGUGGACAGCUGCUUCGAAAGAUCCGCUCAGAAGGCCGAGAAUACGACAUAUCCACGAUAUCGUUCUCUCCCGACGGGCAGCGUCUCGCCUGGAUCGCGGACGAGUCGAUACGAAUAUGGAAAGCAGCCACGCAGGGAGACUUUGAGAAUGUCCAGCAGGAGCAAGUCCUCACAGGACAGUGGAAACACCGCCAGAUGUUGUUUAAGAUCUAUUUCUCUCCGAGCGGACGCCACAUGGUUUCAGUGUCGGCGGACAAGACAGCACGCAUUUGGCGCAUUGAGGACGCCGUGGAGGCCGCAGUUGACCUCAACCACGUCUCAAACCAGGACACCUCUUCGCAGCAGCAAAGCCACACGGCGCCCGUCACCUUCGUCACAUUCUCUCCAAACGGGAACAGGAUGGCAUCGGCCUCAUCAGACGGCCUGAUCGUGCUCUGGGACGCGGACGAGGGGAAACAGCUGCACCAACUCCCUGGGCACGAUCGCGAAAUCCAAUACCUCGUUUUCUCCAGUACUGGGAACAUCCUUGUUUCGGCCUCGAACGACCGGACGGUGGGCGUUUGGGACGCGGGCAAGGGUAAAAUGAUUCGAAGGCUCGAAGGGCAUACGGACUGGGUGCGCUGCGUCGCGCUCUGCCCCAAGGACCGGCUCGUAGCCUCGGCGUCCGACGACAACACGGUACGGCUGUGGGAACUCGAUGACCCAUCGCCCGGCGACAACAUAGGCCCGGGCGGCGCCGCAGCCGCCGACCACGAUCAAGGCCGCCCGGCGCCGCUCAAAAGCAGGGUGCUUGUUGGCCAUGAAGAUUACGUCUUUUGCGUAGCCUUCUCUCCGAACGGAAGAUGGCUGGCCUCGGGCGGGGACGAGGACCGGAUCCUGCUCUGGGACCUGGCCGAGCAGCAGGCUGCGACCGGGGACGACCAGGAACAGCAGAAGCCGUGCAAGCAGCUCGAUAGCACGUGGGAUAACGUCCGCGGCCUCACGUUCUCGCCGGACGGCACGAAACUCGUUUCGAUCUCGUCCGUGGGUAGGGUCAGCCUCUGGAGAACGCAGAAGGGGGAGUGCGUGUGGAGGGUUGUCGACGAGUGGAUCGAGGAGUGGAAGCCGCGCGUGCUGAGUAUUGACCCAGCCCUCCCAGACGUGCUACUCACUGAGUUCGGCGCCUGGCGGGGGACGGACCUGCUUCUGCCGCCGGAAGACGAUAAUGCGCCGGCGCCAGCUUCGUCGAGACCGGGGCGGCCCAUCCGCUCGGAGAAGCUCCCCCUGGAGCGUUCGUACGGCCUGGACACCGAAAAGCGAUGGAUCACAUGGAGGGAUCGGAAAAUCGUCUUCCUCCCCGCGCAGUAUACCCCGAGCGACUACGGGACGUCUAGUUCCAUCGCCGUCCGCGGCGGCAGGGUCGUGGUGGGGUGCGAAUCCGGAGAGCUGCUCAUCUUCAAGUUUCCGGAGGACAAAAAGCCUUCGUUUUGUUUUGGGCCCGCUUAUAAGCUGCGUGCUGCUAUAUAAUUGGGUCCAGAGGUCAUCUAGGAGCUGGGACUUUAUCUGCGUCCACAGCGCGUAGCAGGCUCCGCACCUCAUUCUGUGAAGCGCAUGGUCUCGCUUCUCUUUUCUUUUCUCUUCUCUUCUUUUUUCCCUUUUCCAUUGCUUUUUUCCCUUCUUUUUCUUUUUUUCUUUCUUUGUCUUUUUUUUUUUCUUUUUCGAAGUAACUUCAAAAGGCCACAAUCUAGACGUCAGAAAUAUCUAGCUGGGGGUAACCCCCUCCUAACAUAUGGGCAACAGACAGAUCACUAGUAUGUCACUAGUAAGCUAUAGUGCUGACUUUAUAUACGGCUUUGCCAGUAAAAGCUAUAAGAUUGUGCUUGCAAUAUAUAUAUAUUAGUAACCUAUGAAAAAGACAAAACUUAAAGGCUUAGUCAACCUAAGCAAAUUUUACUUUAG